UCGGCGUAUGUUGUUUAUUUUCUCAAAUUAUUUUAUUAAAACAAAAUGAAAUAAAUUGUACUCUAAAUAAACAAUGGAUGCUGAAGUGGUAUCUUCUUUUUUUUCUCAUCGCAACUGUGACAACGAAUCUCAGAAGGCAUGCAAGUAUAUCGGCGAUGAGUUCCUAGAACUGGUUGAUGAUUUAAACUACUCUUUGGAACAACUCAAGUUGCCUCGAUCUGUAGAAUGCAUUUACAACCCUACGCUAUAUGCGAGGGAAACUUUUGAGAUGUAUAUCAAAAAGUUCUGUAACACGAAAAAGGAUAUAAUGUACUUUGGAAUGAAUCCUGGACCUUGGGGUAUGUCUCAGACUGGCGUGCCAUUUGGGGAAAUUAGUUCAGUCAGAGACUGGCUAGGUAUUCAAGGGCCUGUCAAUAAACCGGAGAAUGAGAUCAAAGACCGCCCAGUACAAGGUUUUGAGUGUAGCAGGACUGAGGUGAGUGGUAAAAGAUUUUGGGGACUGUUCAAAGAAAUUUGUGGCACUCCAGAGAAGUUUUUUAAAACAAGUUUUGUCUACAAUUACUUGCCCCAGCAAUGGAUGAAGAGUAAUGGUUGCAAUCUUACUCCUGGGGAUUUUAGACUUUCAGAAAUGCAAGCCUUGUUCGACAUCUGUGAUCCUAUCUUCAUUAAGGUCCUAGAACUAUAUGAUGUCAAAACUAUAGUAGCCAUUGGAAAGUUUUGUGAAACAAGAGCCCAAAAAGCCUUGAAGAUGCACAGUCCACAUAAAACAUAUCAGAUACUGUACAUUCCACAUCCAAGCCCCAGAGCCGUGAACAACAAUGACUGGGACAAGAAGGCUGGACAAUACUUGAAAAAUCUAAAUCUAAUGCAGUAUUACAUAUAAAGGGUUAAAAGACUGCAAAACCUGUAUGUGAUUUCCAUAGCUGGGCAUUAACUCGUUAAUCCGUUAAUCGUUAAUUAACGAAGUUAACAUUUCGAUUAACGGAUUAACUUUUAAGUUAACAUUAAAAAAUGUUAACGGACUCGUUAACUUCCGUUAAAGUUCUCCGAGUCCGUUAAUCGUUAAUCCAGUAGGACACAGGCACCACCUGCACUGCGAAAAACACGUUCUGAACGCUACUAUAAAAGCCCGAAGUAUGGCAAAUCCUAGGAUUUACCGGUAAAUCCUAGGUUUUACCGAUGUCGAUCUUUAAAAGCCCGAAAUAUUA